GAAGCUCCUCCCCUCUACUUGCAUGAGGGAGCAGCGCGGUGAAAUUGUACAGAUCUGGUGGGAGGCGGCCGCGUGCACGUGUGAGCCGGUGUUUGGCACUGUACGACCUACUUCUACAGCCACCUGCCGUGGGCUCUGCAGAUUUGUGCGCGGGUCUUCUUGGACUCUCCAGGUGGGAUCAAGACGUAGUUGAGAAAGACGAGACGCAAAACGAAGCUGCCAGCGAAACAUGAGCCCAGGUGGACUGGAAACAUCUUUGCUAGCCUUGAUGGUGCUCAGGGCUCUCAGCCAGGUUUCUGGGAACGGUAUGGAUAAGUGUAGAAGGAACGAGUUCCAGUGUGGGAAUGGAAAAUGCAUCCCUUACAAAUGGAUUUGUGAUGGCAAGGCUGAAUGCCAGGAUGGCUCUGAUGAAUCCUUGGAUGCCUGCAAAUCUGUGACCUGUGAGCCACGGCAGUUCAGCUGUGGUGGCCGCAUAAAUCGUUGUAUUGAUAUGUCCUGGCGAUGUGACUCGCAAGCAGAUUGUGAAAACGGCUCUGAUGAAGAGGACUGCCCCCCUAAACAUUGUGCUGAUAAUGAGUUCCAGUGCCAAGAUGGGAAUUGUAUUGCUUUGGAUUUUGUCUGUGAUGAAGACCAUGAUUGUGAGGAUGGGAGUGAUGAAGAAAACUGUGCUGCCCCAACCUGCAACCCUGAAAUGUUUCACUGCAACAGCUCAGAGUGCAUUCCUAAGCUCUGGGCCUGCGACAAUGAUGCCGAUUGUAAGGAUGGAUCAGACGAGUCACCUGAGCACUGUGGGGUGCAAGAGAGGCCAUGGAAAGACAACCCUUGCCCUCCAUUGGAGUUCCAUUGUGGAAGUGGCGAGUGCAUCCACCAGCGCUGGCAGUGUGAUGGGGGCUUUGAUUGUAAAGACAAAUCAGACGAGGCAGACUGUGCUAAGGUUACAUGCCGCCCAGAUGAAUUUCAGUGCAAUGAUGGAACAUGCAUCCAUGGGAGCCUGCAGUGCAACAAGGAGAAUGACUGCAAAGACAUGAGUGAUGAGAUCGGCUGUGUCAAUGAGACAACCUGCAAAGGGCCAAACAUAUUUAAGUGCCGCUCUGGAGAAUGUAUCACUAUGGACAAGGUCUGCAACGGGCAGAAAGACUGCAGGGACUGGUCAGAUGAGCCCCUCAAGGAGUGCCGAACAAACGAAUGUUUGGCCAACAAGGGUGGCUGCUCUCACAUAUGCAACGAUCUCAAAAUUGGAUACGAGUGUUUAUGCCCAGAGGGCUUCCAGCUGAUUGGCCAAAGAAAAUGUGAAGAUAUCAAUGAGUGUCUCAACCCUGAUGCCUGCAGCCAAAUCUGUGUGAACUUGGAAGGAGGCUUUAAGUGUGAAUGUAAUGAGGGCUAUCAGAGUGACCCUGCCACUAAGACCUGCAAAGCAAUUGGCACCAUUGCAUAUCUCUUCUUCACCAAUCGCCACGAGGUCAGGAAGAUGACCCUAGACCGCAGCGAGUACAGCAGUCUCAUCCCCCGUCUCAAAAAUGCAGUGGCUUUAGAUAUGGAAAUUGCCAACAACAAAGUCUACUGGUCUGAUAUCUCUCAGAAAAAGAUAUACAGCACCCCAAUAGAUAAGGCUGACAACCACUCCCAUCAUACCACUGUGAUUGGUACUGGCAUCAGAUAUCCAGAUGGCAUCGCUGUUGACUGGGUACACAGUAACAUUUACUGGACUGACUCUGGCCUGGGCACAGUCUCUGUGGCCAGCAAUGAAGGCUUGAAGAGGAAGACCUUGAUCAAGGAAGUUGGUGCCAAACCACGUGCCAUUGUGGUGGAUCCUGUCCAUGGGUUCAUGUACUGGACUGACUGGGGGAUGUCUGCUAAAAUUGCCAAAAGUGGUCUGAAUGGAGUGGACAGUUUCCCCUUGGUGAAAGAAGGCAUUCAGUGGCCUAAUGGAAUAACACUAGAUUUGGCCAACCAGCGUCUCUACUGGGUAGACUCCAAGUUCCACUCUGUCUCCAGCAUAGAUGUGAAUGGGGGAAACAGGAAGACCAUCCUUGUGAAUGAGGAGACACUGGCUCACCCUUUUGCCAUCACAGUUUUUGAGGAUAAAGUAUUCUGGACAGAUGUUAUGAACGAAGCCAUUUUCAGUGCCAACCGCCUGACUGGCUCAGAUAUUGUCAAGGUGGCAGAAGACCUGUUUUCACCUGAGGGUUUGACACUGUUCCACUCUGUACGACAACCAAAAGGUGUGAACUGGUGUGAGAAGAAUGGCAUCCCUAAUGGGGGCUGCCAGUACUUCUGCCUUCCUGCCCCACAAAUCACUCUUCACUCUGCCAAGUACACCUGUGCCUGUCCUGAUCAUAUGCAUUUGGCCACAGACAUGAGAAGUUGCACCUCAGACCCUGUUUCUGUUGCUGCUACAACUGUGCAGUCCACAAGGACCAUGUCUUCAGGGCAGCUGUUCACCACAACCAGCGCUCCAAAGCAGGCAACUGAACAUCUGCCUGCCGUUGCCUCCACUGUACCGAACAAACUUAUCCCAGGCUUCUUUGAACAUACCACAUCUGCAAUGGUCACCCUAUCCCAACAAGCUCGAAAUGGCAUUGCUGCAGAAACGGACAGGACAAAACAAGGUGGUCCACGAGCUCUCUCUAUUGUCCUACCCCUGGUGCUGAUUAGUUUAAUCUCCUUUGGGGGUUUUCUCAUUUGGAAAAACUGGCGUCUGAGGAACACUAACAGUAUCAAUUUUGACAACCCUGUCUAUCAGAAAACGACUGAGGAUGAGGUUCACAUCUGUCGGAGUCAGGAAGGGUACUCGUACCCAUCGAGACAAAUGGUCAGCCUAGAGGAUGAUGCCGCAUGAGCCCAACUCAACACAUGAAAGUGCCUCUCUCCAGACUCUGCUGCUUAUUUUCUGGGAGAAGAACACACAUGUGCGUACGCUUCACUUCUUUCCAACGCCACUUCCUGAGUGACUUGAUGGACCUUUUUGCCCUCCAUCCCUGCUUAACCUAUUUUCAAAGACAGAAGUGAUGCGUUGGUCAGCAGCCAUCUUCGCAGGACAUAUCAAAUGAAUCUGGGGGUUGAGUUUUGAUGUUUUGAUAUAUUUAUUUUUGCAUCCAGUGCUGACAAAGACAUUGAUAUAUCUGCUGGGUUCUGGGUCACAUUUUUAAUCAGGGCAGGGUCACUAUUUUCUUACAUGUGAAGAUGAUGGCUCUUCUCUGGACCCGUGUUUAGGUGUCUCGGGGUCCUCCAACAAGCUGAUCUUUGUGCCCAGCUUUACUUUAAAGGACCAACAGGCAGGCAUGAAGCAAGCUAAGAAGAAAGGAUGGGAACCCAAGUGAGUCUUUGCCGAGACCAGAAGCCAAACCCACCUUGUCUUCAUGAUCCUCUGGGACCCUUUCUCCCAAACCAGAGACUUUUUUUGGAAUGGAUCUCGCCAUCAGUGCUUCAAAGAAGAAACAGAGACUUUGCUCUCUAUGUCCAAAGAAAAGAAAACUCAAGGUGUACUGUCUCUUGCUUGGGUCCUGUUGGAAAGUCUCCCUCUGUUGGCCCAGAGCUGCUAGUUCCCUUUCCCUGUCAAUCCACCUUGCACUUUUGAUUUCUUUUUGUUUCUUUUCGUGGUUUCUGUAGCCUUUUGCACUUGAUUCCUUCCUUUGUCUUUCUUGUCAUAUGUGCCAGGAGGGUAAGAGGAUAAAGCCAAACCAAUGAGACAAACAGGCUGACUUUGGGGAGGGAAAGGGGAGGUUGUUGCAUUUGCUUGGUGCUGGUCCUCCUUGUGCCUUUCGUGCAGGUGGACAAAGAACAAUAGCUUGGGCUGGCCAAGAAACCAGGAAUUAAAGCCAUAUUCCUGUGUGUUCUACCUUGAACACAGGUUUAUAGUUGCCUUAUACUGCAUCUCUGUGCCAGGUAUCUUUUUACAAUUUUUUUCUGUGUUUAGCUUUGUCUUGUUUUUUUAUACUAUUAUCCCUUCUCUUACUAAUGGAGGGCUUCUUAAGUAAGGGGGAUGCCAAAUGGACUCCCCAUCCCCUCCAGAGUGAUGCUAAACUCUGAUUCUGCACCUUAGGAUGGAAGCACCAGGUUGCCACAUGUUCUAAAGUUGGCUGAAUUUGAACUACGACAAUGGGCUCUUUGGCCACUGACUUUCCUGUUACGACAAAUGAAUGAGGCCUUGAUCACUUGAUAUUUUUAAAAUACUAUCAAUUAAGGAUCUUUACAUUUACCAGGAAGUAGAAUCAGGGUGUAAAUUCAAAAUGCUGCAGCUCGAGCCUGUCGCGUAUUCCGUAAUGAAGGGGUAGAAAAUACCCAUUUAUCCUGUCUCUCUUGUGUGACACCACACAAAUGUUGACAAGAUCUAAAAUGACAAAUGGCAACUUUAUGUUCUUGGCCUGGCAUGUCUAAUUCCCUUCUGUUGAGGUGGAGAAAGCACUACAUACCAAGGAGAAGCACUCAAACCCUUUGGACCUGAAGCUGUGAAAGAUUCCAACUUCUUCCUUUUGUUGUGGAGCAUGUAAAUAAUGUGUGUGUAAAAUGUUGAUAUAUUUCCUUUGCACAAACAUGGCCUUGUGUAUUUGUACAUAUGUUCAUAAAAUACAUGACUUAUUUAUUUAUAAGUUUUAUUUUCUUACGUUUGGUAAUGUGGCUUUCUCCUCACCCCAUCUCUCCCUCCCCCCUCCCACCAUUCCUUACAAAGUGUAUGUGUGUGUGUAGCCAGGUCAGCUGUGAUCAACUGAAGUCUAGUGCUAAUCUGGAGUAAGGCUGGCUGAACACAGUGACUUGGUUUGCAUGUCAUCAUCGUAAACCACAGUUAACGGUUUACCAUAAACAUGGUGUCUGAACCAGGGAUUGUGGUUUGUUUCACUCUUAAGCAAACCACUGCCACAUCAAGCUGUUUGUAUCUUUUCAUGUGUGUUGAUGCUUUGAUUAGUAAAUUAUACUUGAUCGCUGCUCUUACUAGGGCUCUUGACAGCAGUGCCCAAAUGUUGGGGGAGGAGGCUGCAACCAAAAGGGUGAUUCACCUCUUGCAAUAUUUAUGUAUAUAUCUACCAUGGUGGGUGCAUAUGUCCCUUCUGUUUUAUCUUUGACAGCAUCUUCUAAUAGUUACAGCAUAGCUUGUUUUAAUAAUUACCCUCUACACACACGCAUCAUGUUUCCUUCUGUUUCAGCAUGAGUUGAUUGCAACUGGGAAUGGCUUGAAAUCAUUAUAGGUGCUUCUUUCGCCUUUUGCCGUUGCAUUGUGAAUAAUGCUCAUGUUUCUAUCAUGUUCGUUCUCUUGCAUGGAGCAGUCAAACUUAAAAAGCACAAGCUGGUCUGUAGGAUUCUGUGUGUUCCUUCUUAAAGAGUUAGUGGCCUAAGCAUCUAUUUGCAUAACCACAACAAAGGACUGUUCCAUUGGUUUUCUUGUGUCGAUGCCAUUGAUUAUAGUAAUUUUGGAACCUUACGAUGAACUCCAGUUGAAUUUUUUUAGGAAUAAAACUUAAUACGGAGACCUUCCCCACUUGUCCCCCAAAAAGCCAGGGUCAGUUUGACUUGGAGAAUGGAAAAUAACAAAGAGGUACUUUUGUUGUAUUUGCUCUGCUGGCACAUAGAGUGCCUUCCAUGUGACAAACUGACAAAGAGUCAUCCACUUCCCUUGGUUUGCUUAAAUGUCUUUCCUGUACUAUUUAUCAAAGGAGAACAGAUCACUUUAAUAGCAAGGACUCUGUGAAGCCUCCUGCCAGCGGCUGGAUCUUGUCAAGACAGUGGCCCGAGGCCUGAGCCCUAUUCAGCAGGUCUUUUUCUGUGCUGAUUGGCUUAAAAUUCUGCAAUAGGAAACACUUUUUCUGCACAUGGCAGUAAUGGUGCUAUUUAAAUGCUACAAGUCCCUUGAAAACGGGAAAGCUGUCAGCCUAAACUACCUGGGUCUCUUAUGCAACUUCUCUGAAGCUCAACUUUUCUGAAGCUUUUCAGGUUAUAUGUAAACACCUGACAAAUGAGAGACUGAGUCCUUGCAGCUGCACUAAGCUAUAUUUUUUUAAAAUGUGUUCUCUGUUCCUUGUUAAACAUCUAUGGGGUCUUCCCCCAGAUCACUAAUGAGUUUAAUAAAUAUUUAAAUACAGUA